AUGGCAGCCAAUGUCCUUUCUCUCGGCGAAUCAUUCCAGUACCAAGGUUCCAUGGACAAGGGACCCUAUCCAUUGUUAGAAGAGAAUGGAUACUUUCUUAUGCCAGACGGUAAAAAGAUGCCUAAGGUCUCCACUAUGAAGCCCUGGCUGCUAAGUGCUUUUGCGAGAUCGCCGGAGUGGUUCAGUUCUAAUAUGAUGAUGUUCUCGCAGACGUUCCAAGACUGCGCCCUGACUACGGUCUUCAUCCCUCGUCUUUCACCAGUCGCCCACACAAUACCCCGAGCUAACCACAUACCGGGCCCAAAGAUGAUUCUGGACUUCCUGACCGAUUCUUACAAGCUUUACAAAGCCCAGACCGCGUCGGUCUUGUCCUGGUUGGUAGAAGAAGGAGCAAAACGUGACAUAAGACCGCCAAGAAAAGGAGGCGUGUCAUCAGCCUCGACACCAGCUGCUCCAUCUGUCUCCUACACGAUCGAUGUGAACGACAUCGUCCCGUUUGCGCGGCUAGUCGUGGGAGCAUCGCCAGAACCCAUCCCAGCCGAGAAGCUGGAAGACCUUCGUCAGGCAAUCGCGUCUCGGAGGCGAUUUUCUGAAUGGUACCAGGGCCAGCCUAUGAGCGAUCCAUCAAUAGAGCAAAGUAACAAAGGGCACAAGCACUUUAACAACGUUCUUGAUGGACUGCUAGACAUUCUAGCUCCAUCUCACUUGGAAGAGGAAGCGAGUGUUUCGAAUGAGCCACUCGGAAACUCCGAAGGCGGUCUGGACGCCACCCCAGCUAAACAAGACUCAUGCGAUAUCCUCGAGCUGGAGUCUUUGGCUCUUACGGAUCAAAGCGACAAUCUGGCUCCCUCACCGCAGAAAAAUUCUCGGAAAAAUUCUCGGAAAAACUCUCAGAAAAACUCUCAGAAGAACUCUCAGAAAAAAACAACGUACCAGUUUCAAGACUCAAAGGGUGAUAUACAUUUUGCAAUUUUCAAGAUGUUUGCGGACCUACACCAGGUUCGUAAACACAUCCAUGAGCGCUUGGAACGGUAUCGUACCCGCAGUCUAAGUCUAGUAUCGAUCUCGGCAGUCAUCAACUGUGCGAUUGGCAUGGUGCGAGGCAUUGAGAGAGAUUUCAUGGAAUCGGUGCCACAGUUUACGAGCUGGGAAAAGGUCAUGGACACGAUAGUCACUCCUACUCAAUUCGAAGAACUUUUUACGGGCUCCUUCGUGUAUUCCGAGACUGCUUACCUUCGCAGUGUGUACUGCCUACCCUUCGAAGAGCUUAGGCGCUUCCGCGAGUUCCUCGUCAGACGGACAACGACAAAAAUGUUAUCCGGUCACGUCCCGGUGUUGAAGGUGGAGGGUUCCGAAAUUGACAACCAAGACAAUUGGAGCGCCGACAAAAUCAUACUGAUUGAGUUCUUUACGGAGGUUUUCUCGUUCGGGGCUGCCAGUUCAAUGCCAUCAGAGGAUGAACUGACCCGUGGAAUUAUGGAAGUCUUCUUGGAUAAACCAGUUCAUUUGUGGGUAGCUUUCGGGUUGCAGGUCUUCCUCGAUACCCAGCGAAUACUUGGUGAAGAAGUCACGAGGCCGUUCCGAGAGUUCAAAGCGAGCUGUGAUACCUUGAAAGACAAUACUGAGUAUUUCAUCAAGUACUCUCAAGUCAUCAAAAAGAUGCACUUUGAUCAAGCAGAGCAAGAUAAAAAACGCAAAAACAGCGCUCUGCUCAACUCAUGGAUCAUUAACGACAUCUUUAUGCAGCAACGAAAACGUCAUCCUGAGUUAGGCCCUGGGAGACCAUUCUUCUUCCUGUUGCAUAACCCAGUGGUAUGCGGGCUAAUGCAGUGUGCGGCCCUCCUGCAAUCACAAGCUGGAGGUAUCAAAAAAAUGAACAAGUCGCUAUACGCUGUCUCUGCAGCGCACUUGUACAAUGCUGCGAGGAACGAAGGCGACCUUGCGACUCGUUGGUCCGACAUGGAGAACUUGAUUGAUCUCUAUGGCCGCGGCGAUAUCUUUCUCGGAGCACCACCAAAGACAGUUUCCGCCUACCGCCAUCACUAUCGGAUGGCCAGAGGAAGCUCAGCUACGAACUUUGCCCGGGACCACAAGGGAGGUUAUAAGCAUUCCGUCCAGAAUGCGCGUUUCUUGAAGGUUCCAGAGCUCAUGGAGACCUUUGAGAAGUUCCUGUGUCAGACAGAUGCUACGAGGACAGACCUAAACGUUGAUCUCAUGGAGAAAUUCCUUCAUCAGACAGCCCAUUCACAAGGCGUGCAGAAGGAUGGAUCCUCUCAUAAGCUCAACCCUGUACAGCUGCUCACCCUUUUGGAACAAUGUAUGGAGAAAGAAGAGGCUAAGCUAGUAUUCAACUACUGGACCUUACACCACUCGUGCUGGUUGCUGCUAUUCGAGAUCUAUAGGGAGCUGAAGGACGAGUUCACAGCAUGGUUGCCUCCCGAAUCACGUGGAGGCAAUCCGAACCUUCUGCUGUUUGGCCUACCGCCAUACAUAUUCGACACCCUUGGCAAGGAAAGUGGCAAGAAACGCGCUGGGAAGGAGAACAUACUCUCCAGAGUCGGACGCGUCAUGGAUAAAUUCAUAUCCCAAAAAGCUCAGAAUCAGAGCCUGACGACGGUCGGUGUGGUCAAUGACGAAGGACUAGAGACCGAGACUGAGCAUGGCACGCAAAAUGGCGAAUGCAUUCAUUGGGGAAAGUGUGACAGACCGAAAGGAGAUGUUCAAGACUGA